AAUCCGAAGUAAUUCGGAUCAUUCUUCUUCGGGUUGAGGAACCGAUUGUAUAAACGCGACGUUGGUUCCCGCCAACUAUUUUCUUGAAGAGGAACAUGUCUUCUUCAUCAAAUUACUACACUGCUGCGCUUAAGUUUUGCUGCGAAGCUCGGAAUCGAGCCCAAGUUAAGAAGCUUCAUUGCCGCAUCAUCAGAACUUUAACUAAUCCUGAAACUUUUCUAUAUAAUAAUCUCAUCAAUACUUACGGGAAGCUUGGGGACUUGAAGAAUGCACGGAACGUAUUCGAUCAUAUUCCUCAACCAAAUCUUUUUUCAUGGAACACGCUGCUUUCAGCAUACUCAAAAUUGGGUUACCUUCAAGAUAUGCAACGCGUGUUUGAUAGUAUGCCUAACCAUGAUGUGGUCUCUUGGAACUCGCUUCUUUCUGGAUAUGCGGGUAACGGUCUGAUUUCCGAAUCGGUUAGAGUUUAUAACAUGAUGUUAAAAGAUGGGUCGGUAAAUUUGAAUAGGAUUACAUUCUCUACUAUGUUAAUACUCUCGUCUAAUCGAGGAUUUGUUGAUUUGGGUCGGCAGAUUCAUGGGCAAAUCUUCAAAUUUGGUUAUCAAUCUUAUCUGUUUGUUGGGAGUCCUUUAGUGGAUAUGUAUGCAAAAACGGGAUUUAUCAAUGAUGCGAAUCGGAUUUUUGAAGAGAUACCUGAGAAGAAUAUAGUUGUGUAUAAUACUAUGAUCACAGGUCUUUUGCGGUGUAGAUUUAUUGUAGAAGCUGAGCAAUUGUUUGAUAAUAUGCCAGAAAAAGAUUCGAUUUCAUGGACAACUAUCAUAACUGGACUUACCCAAAAUGGUUUGUUUAAAGAAGCAGUCGAUAAGUUUAAAGAAAUGGGAAUAGAAGGUUUUUGCAUGGAUCAGUUCACCUUUGGGAGUGUGUUGACUGCAUGUGGAGGUUUUCUGGCACUUGAUGAGGGAAAGCAAAUUCACGCCUAUAUUAUCAGGACUGAUUAUCAAGAUAACAUCUUUGUAGGAAGUGCUCUACUUGACAUGUAUUGUAAGUGUCGUAAUGUAAAAUAUGCGGAAGCAGUGUUUAGAAAAAUGAGGCACAAGAAUGUAAUAUCAUGGACAGCAAUGCUAGUUGGUUAUGGUCAGAAUGGAUACAGUGAAGAAGCCGUUAGGAUAUUUUGUGAUAUGCAGAGAAAUGAGAUUCAUCCAGAUGAUUUUACUCUAGGGAGUGUAAUUAGCUCAUGUGCAAACCUCGCGAGCCUAGAAGAGGGUGCCCAGUUUCAUGGCCAAGCUUUAGCUUCUGGUUUAAUUUGUUUUGUUACGGUUUCAAAUGCUCUAAUCACUCUAUAUGGAAAAUGUGGAAGCCUAGAACAUGCCCACCAGUUGUUUCAUGAAAUGAAAAUAAGGGAUGAAGUUUCUUGGACAGCUUUAGUCUCAGGUUAUGCACAAUUUGGAAAAGCCAAUGAAACAAUAUCUCUGUUCGAAACAAUGUUGGCCCAUGGUAUCGUACCUGAUGGAGUUACUUUCGUUGGAGUUCUAUCAGCUUGUAGUAGAGCGGGUUUAGUGGAGAAAGGUUAUCAUUAUUUUGAAUGUAUGGUGAAAGAACAUAGAAUCACACCAAUCCCCGAUCACUACACAUGCAUGAUUGACCUUCUCAGCCGAGCUGGAAGAUUAGAAGAAGCAAAAAACUUCAUCAACCAGAUGCCUUUUAGUCCUGAUGCAAUUGGUUGGGCCACAUUGCUAAGUUCUUGUAGACUCAAUGGGAAUCUGGAAAUUGGUAAAUGGGCUGCCGAGUCUCUUCAUAAACUAGAGCCGCAAAACCCUGCUAGUUAUAUUUUAUUAUCAAGCAUUUAUGCUGCGAAAGGUAAAUGGGAUGAUGUAGCAAAAUUGAGAAAAGGAAUGAGGGAAAUGGGAGUGAAAAAGGAACCGGGACAUAGUUGGAUCAAAUAUAAAAAUAAAGUGCACAUUUUCUCAGCAGACGACCGGUCAAGUCCAUUUUCGGAUCAGAUAUAUGCCAAGUUGGAAAGUUUGUACCUAAAAAUGAUUGAGGAAGGGUAUGUGCCUGAUAUGAGUUUUGUUCUCCAUGAUGUUGAGAAGUCAGAGAAAAUUAAGAUGCUUAAUCACCACAGUGAGAAACUUGCUAUUGCCUUUGGGUUGUUAUUUAUACCUGACGGUCUUCAAAUACGAGUUGUAAAAAAUCUCAGGGUCUGUGGCGAUUGCCACAAUGCCACAAAAUACAUUUCUAGGAUCACCCAGAGAGAGAUACUUGUAAGAGAUGCAGUCCGUUUCCAUUUGUUCAAGGAUGGAGUGUGCUCAUGCGGGGAUUUCUGGUAGCGUCUUGCCAUCUAAAACCUCAGCCAAAGAUGACAAAACCUCGGAGUUGUUAUGUUAGUAAAAGCUAAGUUUUAUUUGAGCCUGAGACCUACCAUCAAUCUCGAAUGUGUAUAUACUUGCUAUGAGCUUGAUUGAUGAUUCUUUUGUGCAAUCAUGUAAUUCAGAACAGUCUUUUAUCAAAUAAGAAUUCUUUCAAGGAUCACAAGAAGGAACUGUUUUGUGCUAUGAGCCAUCAAGUAUUACACCGUUCAGCGAAGCUACCAGAUGUGUCAAGAUGAAUUUAUCCAAAGCAUAUUGAAAAUAUUUCUAGCUUGUGUGAAAUCUGAUGGUUGCUUGAAGUUUUCUAGUUCAAGUGAGCUGUCUAAGCUGCAAGCGUGCUUGUAGAAUUCCAGCACUAGUGUGUGAUCUGUGUUUCUGAAGCGGUAUUGACAACUUUGCUGCAAAUUGAUUCCUACGACGAAAUGGGGUUGAAACAUGCCUACUUUGAUGCGUAUCCAUAGAAAAUUAUCACAAUUGACAGAGUAACCAUUGCCACUUCUCCCCCUUAUUUUCAAGGAAAUAUUUAACGAAUUUAUAUUUUUUACCAUCUUUUUUCACUGUUUGAUGGAUAUCAAACCUGGAAAAGGUUUAAAGGUCUAAUGUGAUUAAAGCGCAAUAGUUUGGAAUUGUGUAGACCAGUUUCAAUGUCAGGCAAGGAAGAUAUUCUUCCCAUUCGAUACUUUAUUGCUUAGGUUCUUGUAGCUUCAGUUAUUAAUUAUUGUCUUACUGUCUUGUA